GAGUCAGUAGAAGAAGACAGUAUUCCCGGAAGCUCCAUGCCCAUGAAAGGUCUAAUGGAAACGGCGAUGUUUAUACAUCUAAAGAUAAUAAAAAUAUGAACUCGCUGCUCUCAAAAUUAGAAAUAUGAUAGAGAGUUGACCUUAAUUAGUAAAUCGCCUUGAUUUGGAAAUGCCUUUGUUAGUUCAGAACAGAGGUGUUGGACGCAUAAGCUCGACAGCGGAACUGUUCGGCAGAUAUCCACAUUUACAGGAAAGCUCAAGAACAUUUCGGUCCAAGCCACUUGUUGAUGUUGACCCAAAGUGCCUCUUGUAUGUUCAGCAAAGAGAGUUUGCUGCAACUACACCAGCAGACGACAGUGUUUCAGUAAUCGGAUCUGAUGAUGCCACCACAUGCCAUUUAGUUGUGCUGCGACACACAGGAAGUGGAGCUGUUUGCCUUGCUCACUGUGAUGGUUCUAGUACCUGGUCUGAAGUCCCGCUCCUUGUGAAAGCUGUCUCUUCACUGAGUAAUGUUUGUAAGGAGGGCAGAUUGGAGCUCCACCUUGUUGGAGGAUUUAACGAUGAGACAAAGACAUCUCAUAAACUCAGCCUUAACAUCCUUGUAGCGUUCCAGAAACAGAAAGAAGACAUCCAUCUGGAGACAUGCUGCGUCACAGAACUGAAUGACAUUAUUGUUGAUGGCACACAUAGACCUGUCGUAUAUGGAAUAGGUGUCAAUGUUAAAACAGGGGACGUGUUCCCAUCAUCAUUUCCUCAUAAAGGACCUGCAGAGCAGUUACGUUCAGCAAGGACCUUCACUGGGGGACAGAUGGCUGACAUAUAUGACUCAAGUCGAGGACUAUUUAAAAUCGGCCCUUGCAAGUGGUCUCCAAAUCUGGAUAUUGCCUUCUGGUUGUCACAGGACGAUGACACAAUUUUAAAGUACCUGUCCACCUCUCCGCUGGCUGAGCCACCACACUUUGUCCAGCACAUGAAGUCCACCAUCCAGUUCCUCUUAGAGCACCCCAGCUCUGACAGCCUGUUCCCUGGUGGCCAGCCACAGUUUUACCACAGGACUGAGAGGGGGGACUGGGAGAGGGCUGGCUCAUCAUAAAGCUUCUCCUAUCCUUCACUCAACCUUAACACGGAACUUACCCAUUUUUGCCUCUCCAUCCAACCGAUACACUGUCCAAACCACUCAGUGUUUGCUUUCUUUGGUUCAUUGUGUCUUAACAUGGAGGAAACUGUCCAUUUGACUAUGUGCAUGUUGUAUGGCUCUCCUGACCUAUCUGCCUGGUUUAGUAGAGAGAGUUGAGGAAAUACAAGGGAUUCUGUUCUUGUUUGUAAAAGUGAUUUUUUUCUACUCGUGUGGGGUGGUAUAAGUUCUGUGUCUUACAUCAUCUGCUGUGUUCCAAUCAGUCAAGGUUAAGGUCCAACUAUGCUUGUUCUGUCUGACUAUUGAAAGAAAUAAUUAACACUGUUGUCUUAAGCUCAGUUUGAAGACCAUACUUAUGAUUUUGUACCUUUCCAGCUUCAACAGGCAUUUUAAAACCCACUAUUUACAUUGCAUGUAUCCAUUAUUUAGCUAAGUCAGCAAACUUGUAUUAUUCUAAUGUAAUGACAUUGCCUUUAUAGUUGCAGCAAGUUAAUGUUGAUGGUCACUGUGUACUCAAGGCAGUCAAAUCUUCUCUAUUACAUGCACAUUUUAAGUCCGAGAACCCGUACUUUUUGAAAGGGGCAUUCAGAAUGAACCGUGAAAUAUUCUUAUCUGCACAUUAUAAAGUGAAUGGGCUAAACUGUGUAAGAUCACAUGUAUCAUCUUUAAAUAUAGAGCGCUUACUUACUGUUCAGGAAACAAGUGGGGAACUCUGCAAUAAAAAUUGAGAAUAUGUUGUUAAUCUAAACCCUAUGAUUAAAACAGUGAGAAAAAUG